AUGCCAGAUCAGCCAACACUCCCAACCAUCCUUACUGGAAAUAAGUCGCCGGAAGUGUCUUCCGGUGACGAACAUCCAAUAUCUAGACGUCAAACCGUCACGUUCGAUACCAACAACCCAGUGGUAACCUCCAAGAUGAGUUCCAUUCCGAACCCAAAUCCAGUGCAACUCUACAAAACCCAACCACAACGGAAAGAGUCAGGGAAGCAACAGGAUAUCUCGGAGUCGCCCAGCGUUCUGGCUUUGUCCUCUUUGAGGUGCCCAUCUCCACCGCCAAUCCUUCAACGCCACUACGAAUCCGAUGGUGAUGUUCUUCCUAUUCGCGACGAAUCCGUUUCACCAGCCAAAUCAAUCAACUUCUCGAGCCAGCCGAUCUCGCCCUCGCAUUCCCUUCGGGAGACUGUUCCGGCCGGCGGAGCUGUUCUGAGGGGCCGGGCAGCUGCUCAAGCCGUUGUUGCUGCUGUUGCCGCUCAAGCGGCUCGUGAUAAACGCAAUCAACGCAACGGAAAUAGUUCUGUCAGCAAACUUACAGAGUCCAUCAAUGCGGCAGAGUCUUCGCAAGAGUCCUUUUUAAUUCCCCAGGGGUCGGUUGCUCACCACAAGGCACCCUCGAUGCAUGCCCAUUUCUACGUGGAAGAUGCUGUGAGGCAUGCUGGUACCGGAACACGUUCCCGCAGCGGUUCAGGAAGCACUAAUGAGACCAAGUCCAUCGCCGAAGCAUUAGUUCAUGAUGAGACUGCCACUGGAGCUACUACUCCUACACACUCCGUAAGACCUCAAGGAAGCUCUGCUAGUGUCAACGCACGUCUGCCACAAGAUGAUGGAAAACUCCACAUUUUGUUUGGUGCGUGUGGCUCGAUUUCCAUCAAGAAGACUCGUUUGAUAAUAAACAAGCUGGAGGAAAUCUAUAAGGACAAGGUGUCUAUUCAGUUGAUUCUAACUAAGGCCGCAGAACAUUUUGUGUCGCGCGGGGAAUUUCCUGCAAACGUUCAGAUAUGGCGUGACAAAGAUGAAUGGUCCACCUGGAGUAACCGCACAGAUCCAGUUCUGCACAUCGAGCUAAGGCGCUGGGCAGAUAUCUUUAUAAUAGCUCCGCUCUCGGCGAAUUCGUUAUCAAAGAUUGCUCUUGGACUGUGUGAUAACCUUUUGACCAACGUGGUGAGGGCAUGGAAUACCCAGUAUCCGAUUUUGUUAGCACCUGCGAUGGUUUCGUUCGCUUAUACUUCUGCGGCGACAAAGAGACACGCAAAGACGAUCCGUGAGGACAUGCCGUGGAUCGAGAUUUUGAAGCCUACCGAAAAAGUUGUGAGUUCCUACGGCGAGAUUGGAAUGGGUGGAAUGAUGGACUGGAACGAGGUUGUGGACAAGAUCGUCAUAAAGUUGGGUGGAUACCCAGACCUCGAGGAUGAAGACGACGAUGACAACAACAAGGACGACGACGAUGACCAGGCGAUUGAAGAUGAUGACAAUGAUGGGAAUGAUAACGAUGAUGAUGAUAACGAUGAUGAUGAUGACGACGAUGACGAUGACGAUGAUGACGAUGACGAUGGGUUAGUGAUGGGAACGCGUAAGCUGACUGUUGCUGAGGAGGACGAGAGGGAGAGGGAGAUGAGUUUGCGGCAAUGA